AUGCGUAGAUAUUUUUCAAAGCCUGUCCACUGGGCGUUUACCCUGCGCCCAUCAUGGAUUCGAUCCUGCUGGCUAACUAUCAUUGGCGGAGAGGAGAUAUGCAGACCCAAUCGACCCAGAGCCCCUGACCGACGAGGACCCAUACGAUGGCAGAGCACGAGCCCUGUCGUUGGUGAACUCUCAUCCACCAUAUAUGCAUUGUCAACGGCACCCGGACGGGCCGCUAUUGCGAUCAUUCGCGUCUCUGGACCGGGCUGCGUUCAGAUAUAUAAGGCGCUGUGCCCUAAAAGUCCGCUUCCGACACCUCGAGUCGCAAGCCUUCACACACUUUACGAUCCUUUGCUGCGCCCUUCAAUCAACACCAUCCUUGACAGAGCAAUGGUGUUGUACUUCCCAGCACCAAAGACUGUCACUGGGGAGGAUCUCCUUGAACUUCAUGUCCAUGGUGGCCCUGCUGUGGUAAAAGCUGUCCUCAAUGCGAUUCCCCGAUGCGCAAAAGUUGAUUUUACGGGGAGUAACUUCCCACUGAGCAUCCGAUACGCAGAACCGGGAGAGUUCACCCGUCGUGCAUUUCUUAAUGACCGUUUAUCUUUACCCCAAAUCGAGGCACUCAGCAAUACCCUUUCCGCGGAGACGGAGCAGCAACGUCGUUUAGCUAUUCGAGGAACAAGCGAUGCUCUUGCAACCAGAUACGAGCGUUGGCACCAGCAACUAAUUUCCGCACGCGGUGAAAUGGAGGCUUUGAUUGACUUCUCGGAGGAUCAGCAUUUCGAUGAGUCUGCCGAAGAAUUCGUGUUGUCUGUUACUGACGAAGUUCGAAAUUUGGUUCGGCAAAUUAACCUGCACGUUGAAAAUGCGUCCAAGGGUGAAUUGUUGCGGAACGGAAUUAAGGUUGCCCUUCUUGGGGCUCCUAACGCCGGCAAAAGCUCGCUGUUGAACAGAAUUGUAGGAAGAGAAGCAGCCAUCGUGAGCAGUGAGGAAGGUACUACAAGGGAUAUCGUAGAUGUUGGCGUCGACAUCGGGGGAUUUUUCUGCAAGUUUGGAGAUAUGGCCGGAUUGCGACCUGAUCAUUCUGCCCAGGUUGGCCAGAUGCCCAUCGGUGCAGUGGAAAAGGAAGGGAUUCGAAGGGCAAAGGCCCGCGCGUUGGAAUCAGAUGUCGUCAUCGUGGUUCUUUCGGUAGAAGAAUGCGACGGUGGGACGAGCGCGAAGCUGGUCCUUGAGCCUGAGGUUGUUGAUGCCGUUCGAAGCUGUCUCACCUUGGGGAAGAACGUGAUUGUGGCGGUUAAUAAGGUAGACAAAUGUACGACAUCCACGAUUACGGCUGGAACGCGGGAGGGUUUUUUCGGUCGCUUGGCAAAGGAAAUUCGUUCCAAAUUUCCCCACGUGGCGGAAGAUCAGAUAAUUCUAAUCUCAUGCCGGGAGGCCGAGAACGAGCAAUCUGAAACUCCCGACCCCGGGAAUAUACAAACUCUACUUGGUGGAUUAAUUCGCACAUUUAAAAAGAUUUCAACACCAGCUGAAUUGGAAAAUGAAGGCGAUCAAUUUGAUCAAUUAUAUUGGCAAGACUCUUUGGGAGUCACACAUCGGCAAAGUUCUAAUCUACAAAAAUGUGUCCAGCACUUAAACGACUUUCUAUCCCAAACCGAGCAAACUCCUGAAAAUGCUGAAAACGCUGAACAAAUUGAGUUGAACAUCGACAUCGUAACGGCGGCAGAACAUCUGCGAUUUGCGGCUGAUUGUCUAGCGAAAAUCACAGGUCGAGGUGAAAGUGGAGACGUGGAGGAUGUCCUAGGGGUGGUGUUCGAAAAGUAA